UCCUCUCCAUUCACACGCAGGGGAGCCGUCGGACAGAGAGCACCGCCGCCGCCGCCACUCCGUGUGACCAGCGUGGAAAUGUGCCCAAGUUGUGGAAUUUAAAACCAUGGCGGGGAUAUCAGCCCUUAGGAUCACUUGAACCCGUCUGCAACCUUGUGCCUCUUUGGAUGAUGUUCCUGAUGACUGCUCACAGCGUUGAAAACAGGACAGUGGAUCAAUAGGAGUUUUGUUUCUCCUUCCCUGGUCCUUCUCCCUCCCUCAAGCUCUCCUUUCUCAUUCCUUAGUAGCAGAGGAGGCAAAGAAUAAAAUCCUGACUUGGAUCUAAGCAACAAAGAUUGUUCUCCUUCUUCCUUUCUCCUCCCCCGCCCCCCAAGCCUCGCCGCUGGACACUUCAGAUAUGUGUCCUCUUUCUCGGACAUUAGCCUUCCCUGGCCAGGGGAACUUGCUUUUCCUGUUGGGGGUUUUACUCCUUAUGGUCCCAUCCCUCUCUGGAGGUCAACCCCCACCCUUCAAAAGGUUUGCUCCUGCUGACCAUUUUCUUACACAUCUAGCCAUCCACAACAAGACUGGAGAAGUCUAUGUGGGAGCUGUCAAUUGGAUUUUCAAGCUGUCCAGCAACCUGACUAAACUGCGCAGCCACAUGACUGGCCCAGUGGUGGACAAUGAGAAAUGUUACCCUCCACCCAGUGUCCAGUCCUGCCCUCACGACCUGGCCCAAACCCCCAACGUGAACAAGCUGCUCCUGAUAGACUACCCACAGAACCGUCUCAUCGCCUGUGGCAGCACCUCACAGGGCAUCUGCCAGUUCUUGCGUUUGGAUGACCUCUUUAAACUUGGCGAGCCUCACCACCGCAAGGAACACUACCUCUCCAGUGUGGCGGAGUCGGGCACAAUGUCAGGGGUCAUCAUAAGCUCCCCUCAAAGUCCUACCAGCAAGUUAUUCAUUGGAACACCUAUUGAUGGAAAAUCUGAGUACUUUCCUACCUUGUCCAGCCGCAAACUCAUGGAGAAUGAAGAAAAUGCGGACAUGUUUAGCUUCGUCUAUCAGGAUGAAUUUGUCUCCUCUCAGCUUAAGAUCCCCUCAGACACUCUGUCCAAGUUCCCUGCCUUUGACAUCUAUUAUGUGUACAGCUUCAGCAGUGAACAGUUUGUCUAUUAUCUGACAAUGCAGCUAGAUACCAAACUGACCUCACCUGAUGCUAGUGGGGAGCAGUUCUUCACCUCCAAAAUUGUUCGCCUCUGCAUGGACGACCCAAAGUUUUACUCCUACGUGGAGUUCCCCAUUGGCUGCACCAAAGACGGGAUAGAGUACCGCCUGGUGCAGGACGCCUUCCUGGCCCGACCAGGCCGGCAGCUGGCCAACUCUUUGGGGAUUUCUGAGAAUGAAGACAUCCUUUUCACGGUUUUCUCUCAGGGUCAGAAAAAUCGGGCAAAGCCACCCAAAGAGUCUGCAUUGUGCCUGUUCACCCUGAGGAAGAUCAAGGAGAAGAUUAAGGAACGAAUUCAGUCCUGCUACAGGGGAGAAGGGAAACUCUCUUUACCCUGGCUGCUUAACAAGGAGCUCGACUGCAUCAACUCGCCCCUGCAGAUAGAUGACAACUUCUGUGGACAAGACUUCAACCAGCCUCUUGGAGGAACUAGCACCAUUGAGGGCACCCCUCUCUUCAUAGACAAAGAUGAUGGCAUGACUUCGGUGGCUGCCUACGACUACCGUGGCAACACGGUGGCGUUUGUUGGUACACGCAAUGGUAAACUGAAGAAGAUCUUGGUGAACUCUGUGAGCUCCAACCGUCCGACGGUGCUCUACGAGAAGGUGACCGUCAGCGAAGGAGGAAGUCCUUUACAGAGAGACAUGCUGUUCAGCCCUGACCUGCAGCACAUCUACACUCUGACUGACAGACAGGUGGUGAGAGUUCCAGUGGAGAGCUGCGAGCAGUACACUACUUGUGGGGAGUGUUUGGGCUCCAGAGACCCUCACUGUGGCUGGUGUGUUCUCCACAACGUAUGUUCUCGUAAGGACCGCUGUGAAAGAGCUUCAGAGCCUCAGAGGUUCGCCUCGGACCAGAGACAGUGCGUGGAGCUUACGGUUCAGCCAAGAAAUAUAUCUGUCACCAUGUCUGAAGUUCAGCUGGUCCUCCAGGCUCGCAAUGUGCCCGAUCUGUCAGCGGGGGUUAACUGCUCCUUUGAGGACUACGUGGAGACAGAGGGACGGAUUCAGGGAGGACAUAUCUUUUGCUUGUCUCCUUCUGCAAGGGACAUCGCCCCCAUCACCAGGAACAAAGGUGACAAGCGGGUGGUAAAGCUCUUCCUCAAGUCCAAAGAGACGGGCAAAAAGUUUGCCAGUGUCGACUUUGUCUUCUACAACUGCAGCGUCCAUCAAUCCUGCCUUUCCUGUGUGAAUGGCUCCUUCCCAUGCCAUUGGUGCAAGUACCGCCACAUGUGCACCCAAAACGCCAACGAUUGCUCUUUCCAGGAGGGACGUGUCAACGAUUCUGAGGAUUGCCCCCAGAUUCUGCCAUCAACCCAGAUUUACAUGCCAGCGGGAGUCACCAAGCCGAUCACCUUGGCAGCCAGGAACCUUCCCCAGCCACAGUCUGCACAGAGGAACUAUGAGUGCGUCUUCGACAUCCAGGGUCUGACCAAAAGUGUUCCUGCGCUGCGCUUCAACAGCACCUCCAUCCAGUGCCAGAAAACCGAGUAUACUUACGAAGGGGACGAAAUCAGCGACUUGCCAGUGGAUCUGUCUGUAGUUUGGAAUGGAAACUUUGUCAUCGACAACCCCUACAACAUUAAAGCUCACCUGUAUAAGUGCUUUGCGCUACGAGGCAGCUGCGGCAAGUGUUUGAAGGCAAACCCUAGGUUCGAGUGUGGCUGGUGCGUAGGAGAUAAGAAGUGCUCCCUCAGACAGGAGUGCACUCCCCCUGAGAACACCUGGAUGCACGCUACCACUGGAAACAGCCGCUGCACACACCCAAAGAUCACAAAGCUGUACCCGGAGACGGGGCCCAGACAGGGAGGGACCAUGCUGACCAUCACCGGUGAGAACCUGGGUCUGCAGUUCAAAGACAUCAUAGGCGGAGUCCGCAUCGGGAAGGUGCAGUGCAUCCCUCAGGAGGACCAGUUCAUCAGCGCUGAGCAGAUAGUGUGCCGACUGCUUGAUGCAACGGGUUACAGAGUGCAGGAGGCUCAGGUGGAGGUCUGCGUGGGGGAACAACCCUGCAUCAACCCCGACUACAAAACUGUUUCAUCAAAGGCCUUCACCUUUGUGUCUCCAUAUUUUUCCCGUGUCCACCCCUCCGCCGGUCCUCUGUCUGGUGGAACAAGGAUCACCAUCGAAGGCAGCCAUCUUAAUGCAGGCAGCGCUGUAAUUGUGAGGAUCGGCCUUCACCAAUGCACCUUUGAAAGGCGGAGCAGCAAGGAGAUUGUGUGUGUGACGCCGGCGGGGCAGUCCCCGACCCCCACUCCGGUCAUGGUGGACAUCAACUCUGCAGAGCUGAGGAACCCAGAGGUCAAGUUCAACUACACGGACGAUCCCACCAUCCUCAAGAUUGAGCCUGACUGGAGUAUCGCCAGUGGAGGCACAAUGCUGACCAUAACUGGAACCAACUUGGCCACCAUCAAAGAGCCCAAAAUGAGAGCCAAGUACGGAGCGGGACAGUCAGAAAAUAACUGCACUGUUCUCAACAACACAGUCAUGGUUUGUCUGGCGCCCUCUGUGGCCAAAUCUGGCAAAAGCUUCUCUGAGAUGGGCACCAGUCCUGAUGAGAUUGGAUUCGUCAUGGAUGGCGUGCGCUCUGUACUGGUGAUAAACGAGACUUUCAGCUACUACCCAGACCCAGAGUUUGAAAGUCUCGGUCCCAAGAUGGAGCUGAAGCCCAGCUCACCACUCAUACUCAAGGGCCGCAACCUAAUUCCUGCAGCCCCAGGAAAUUCUAAGCUAAACUACACGGUGCUGAUCGGAGAAAUGCCCUGCGUCCUCACCGUGUCUGAGAGUCAGCUGCUGUGUGAAUCACCUAAUCUGACCGGAGAGCAUAAAGUCACAGUCCGCGUCGGAGGAUUUGAGGCUUCACCUGGGACGCUGCAGAUCUACUCCGACAGUCUGCUCACUCUGCCUGCCAUCAUUGGCAUUGGGAUAGGUGGCGGCCUGCUUCUGUUUGUCAUCAUUGCGGUUCUGAUCGCUUACAAGAGGAAGUCCCGGGAUGCCGACCGCACCCUGAAACGAUUGCAGCUGCAGAUGGAUAAUCUAGAGUCUAGGGUCGCCCUGGAGUGCAAAGAAGCCUUUGCAGAGUUGCAGACAGACAUCCAUGAACUGACCCAGGAGCUGGAUGGUGCAGGAAUCCCCUUCCUGGACUACCGAACAUAUGCCAUGAGGGUCCUCUUUCCUGGUAUUGAGGACCAUCCUGUGCUCAAGGAGAUGGAGGUACGGGUCCAAGCAAAUGUGGAGAAGGCCCUGACGUUGUUUGGCCAGCUGCUGACCAAAAAGCACUUCUUGCUGACAUUCAUCCGCACGCUGGAAGCUCAGAGGUCCUUCUCCAUGCGAGACAGAGGCAACGUGGCUUCUCUCAUCAUGACAGCAUUGCAGGGGGAGAUGGAGUACGCCACAGGUGUCCUCAAACAGCUCCUGUCUGACCUUAUCGACAAAAACCUGGAGAGCAAGAACCACCCGAAGCUGCUGCUCAGGCGGACUGAGUCGGUAGCGGAGAAGAUGCUCACCAACUGGUUCACCUUCCUGCUUUACAAGUUCCUCAAGGAAUGUGCUGGUGAGCCUCUCUUCAUGCUUUACUGUGCUAUGAAGCAGCAAAUGGAAAAAGGGCCAAUAGAUGCAAUCACAGGCGAAGCCCGCUAUUCCCUCAGUGAGGAUAAACUCAUCAGACAACAAAUUGACUACAAAACUUUGACGCUGCACUGUGUGAACCCAGAGAAUGAAAAUGCCCCCGAGGUGACCGUGAAGACCCUUAACUGUGACACAGUGACUCAGGUGAAGGAAAAGCUGCUGGACGCUGUGUACAAGGGGACCCCGUACUCCCAGAGACCGAAGGCUUCAGAUAUGGAUCUGGAGUGGCGGCAAGGCAGGAUGGCACGGAUCAUCCUUCAGGACGAGGACGUCACCACAAAGAUCGAUAACGAUUGGAAGAGACUAAACACCCUCGCUCACUACCAGGUGACAGAUGGCUCUGUGAUUGCCCUGGUGCCCAAACAGAACUCAGCCUACAACAUCUCCAACUCCUCCACAUUCACCAAGUCCCUCAGCAGAUAUGGUACGAGAGAAGAGAGCAUGCUGAGGACUGCCAGCAGUCCGGACAGCUUGCGCUCCCGAACGCCUAUGAUCACCCCUGAUCUCGAGAGCGGCACCAAGCUGUGGCAUCUGGUGAAGAACCACGACCACUCGGACCAGAGGGAGGGAGACAGGGGGAGCAAGAUGGUCUCAGAGAUCUACCUGACCAGACUGCUUGCCACUAAGGGUACCCUCCAAAAGUUUGUGGAUGACUUGUUUGAAACCAUCUUCAGCACAGCACACCGGGGCAGCGCCCUGCCGCUCGCCAUCAAAUACAUGUUUGACUUCCUGGACGAGCAGGCGGACAAACACUCCAUAACAGACCCUGACGUACGGCACACUUGGAAGAGCAACUGUCUUCCACUAAGGUUUUGGGUGAAUGUGAUCAAGAACCCGCAGUUUGUCUUUGACAUCCACAAGAACAGCAUCACAGACGCUUGCUUGUCUGUGGUGGCUCAGACGUUCAUGGACUCAUGUUCAACAUCAGAGCACAAACUGGGGAAGGACUCUCCUUCCAACAAGCUGCUUUAUGCUAAAGACAUCCCCAACUACAAGAACUGGGUUGAAAGGUACUACUCGGACAUCUCCAGGAUGCCCGCCAUCAGUGACCAGGACAUGAGUGCCUACCUGGCAGAGCAGUCCCGGCUGCAUGCCAACCAGUUCAACAGCAUGUCAGCUCUACACGAGAUCUACUCCUACAUUGUCAAGUACAAAGAUGAGAUCUUGUCAGCUUUGGAGCGGGACGAGCAGGCGAGGAGACAGAGACUGAGGAGCAAGCUGGAGCAGGUCAUCGACACAAUGGCCCUGGCCAGCUGAGGACAAUCCACCUGCUCCCUCUGCUCACUACUCGUCUCCAUCUGUUGCUCUGUCUCCCUUCGCUCUUCUCAGACAACAAACAAACAAACAAACGAACAGAAAGAAUCCAAACCCCAGAAACACGAACUGCAAAAGGACCGAAGCAGUAUACUCCGGACUCGGGCCGGGGUUCGGCAGAGAUGGGCGGGCCUGUGUACGCUUACAUGUGUAUGUUUGUGUUCGUCUGCAGCCCCGGCACGGCGCAGCGCGGCGCGUGGGCUUGUGUCUGUGUGAGAGACACUUGGACUCCAGACAACUUCACACACUCUAUUAUACGUGGAGAACAAGUCCUUGACAGCGUUUGAUUAUCGUGGAUGUUGGUGUUUGUGGUUUGCUUGAGUUUUUUUUUUUUUUUUUUUUUUUCCUUUUGGAUUUCAGAAGAAUUAGUCAUUAUGACGCCGAUGAUGAUCAGGAAAAACGACAGAAGCUCAGACUCUCUACACAUGGUGUCAUGAACAGAGCGGACCAAUCUGUUGUAGCCAGUGAAGAGUGGCUUGGAAGGUCAUGUGACUCAGUCGUCACGCUUUAAAUUUUUUUUUUGUAUAAAUGUAAUCAACUGCCCACUCUUUGAUCUCUCGCCACUUGUAUUACUGCUGAAUUUGCACAAUUUACAGAAAGGUUACAAAGCAAGACUUAUAUAGAUAUUAUAUAUAAAUACAGUUUUUAAUGAAAGAUUAGGGAGAAAACAUUUUUGUUGUUCUUUUUCAUUUAAACCGACAAAUACAAUAAAAACAAAACAGUCAAACACGAUUUGCUACUUGAAGUACAGAAGAAAAGACUCAAAAGUAGGCAGAAACUGAAUGAAAAAAAAAAAGCAAAAAUAAAAAAAUUUGUACUGUGCCAUGUUUUCUUUGAAUGUUGUUUAGUGCAGAGACAUUUUGUUAGAUGGAAUGUGAUACAGUCUGACUUAUAAAUAUGAAAAUUGCCUAGUGACUGAAAAGAGCUGAUCGAGAUCAUCGUUUGAACGUGGAAGUAAACAUAGCGACAGACAAAAGCUUCAUUAAGAUGCUGUUUGGAUUCAGGCGGUGCAAUUUGUUGGUUUUCAAAAGCCAAAUAUCACACAGUAGCUAGUUAAUCGUUAGCUUCCAGCUCCUCAGCAGCUUUUGUCUAAGCUGAUUGAUCUGUCAUUUACUGACUGAGCAAUGAAGCGGCUACGUUGCACUACCUAAAAUAUUUUACCGUAGUUUUCCCCGAUGCUUCGCAAACGUCACACGGCUGCAUCCCAGUCAUUUAAAGCAUUUUUGAGUAAUGAUAAUCAGUAACUUAAGCUCAUAUUUUAUACAGAUUUAUUGUACACAAAGAAAUGUUUUUCAAUUUAUUUCUGUUACCUUUGAUGACUGUGGUUUACAGCUUAUGAAAACCUCAAAUUCUACAAAACAAAUAUGUCCAUGUGAGUCAGAAUUUGGCUGGAAUUACUACAUCAGUACAUCGGAGCAUGGAGCAACACUCCUAUCCUUUAGGUGCUUUUGUCAUAAUCUGUGAUUCAGGACUGGAAUGUACUAUUGUAGCCCAAGUCCUAGAAGUGUGUGUGUGAAAGCUCUUGAAGAAUUUGAAGUCCAAACCCAAAACUCUCUUUCCUUCGCCAUCCUUUGUCCACCUUUUUCUGUCAUUUUCUUUCUUCCUUCCACUCAGUUUUCCCUCAGUAUGUUUGAACGCAGCACUCUGAUCGUGCCGUUCCUUUAACAAUGACCUUGUGUGGCGUCCUUUCCCCAUGCAGUGUGUAAAUGUCAGCAUCUCAACAGUCUUCCCCAUGACUAAUGAGUCUACAAAAUUACAUUUCUGUUUUAAAAACUAUAUUUGAUUAUAUGUAAUAUUAUUUUCUAACAACCUGAAUGGCUGGUUUUCAUUCUCUGUAACCUCCUAUUGUCAAAAUGAACAGAAACAAACUGUUGGAAUCCAUCACUCUGCACAUGGUGAAUCUUUGCGAGUUUCACUUUUUGUCUUGAAAUAUUGAAGCAAAUGAAGUUUUCAAGUCUUCUUAUUUACUGAGAUGCAGCAGCAAUCAAGACUCCACCGCUUGUUACUUUCUGUUUACCCUUACUGAGAGAGUUAUUCGUUUUCCCAAACUCUUGGUGCUUACAGACUACUACUAUGAGUUCAGGUAGCAUUUAGCUUUGCCCCUUAAAAAGUAAAACUAAGUCAGAAAAGCUGUUUUCAUCCUCCAGCCAUUAUUCCCCAGCAUUCCUCUGUGUUAAUACCCCCCAAAAACGGGGCAUGGAAAAGAUCAACUGAGCAUUUCUCUCCACCUCUAAACUUCUGAAUUUGAGAUAUGGGUUUUAGCUUUUUAUCCACACUGAGGUUGUAGAAGCAGCUCUGUUCAUUAGCCACAUCAGGCUGGGUAAUCCUCUCCUCAGCCUGCAGCUCUUGUUUUAAAACUAGCCUAUUGCCACGUGUGGCUUAAGCUUUUUUAUAUUGCUUCUCUCUUAAGAGGAUUUCUGUUUCCCUUUCUUUUUUUUUUUUUUUAGGCCUUGACGUCAUAGUUUCUGACCUUGUGGUGAGAAUUUUACUUUUUUUUUUCUGCUUGCCGAGAAACCAAACUGUGGUCUGUAUAAUGUUUUUGUUAAUGUUUUCAUUUGUAAAUUGUAUACUUUUUCAUAAUGAACAAAAGCGGUUCACCAUUUUUUUUCUUAUUUUGUUUUUUUUGGUUUUGGUUCUGUUUCGACAUGUAAAUUGUACAUUUUUACGGUACAUGGAAGAGAAAAAAAAAAUUUUCUUCAGCUCACCGGAAGUUGAAGUACUUGACUGAACUCCAGGUUUUGUUUUCCCUGAUCUGAAGGAUCGGAGUGAAACGGUUCCUCGGGUCAGAUGAGCCUCUGUGUCGUCGUGAUGGAAAUGUGACUUGCUGCUUUAACUCUUGUACCUUUGUUUUUCUAUCCAACAUUAGGGCUGUCAUCAUGAAUGCUGUCGCUGUUCAACCCAACCACUUUGUUUACCAUACAUGUCUGAGAACUGACAUGCGUCACAACCUGUUUUUAACUGGAAACUUGUUUGAAUUUGACUGUUUACCCUGUAGACUGUAAGCAAACAAGCCUACCCAUGCAAUAAUGGAAAAUUGUCUGUUUUAGAUCCAAACGUUGGCUUUUAUGUCACUCCUGUUAGAUGGAAUAAGGGACAAAACACUCCACAAUAAUCUGAUUUGUUAAAUAUAGCUUUCUUUGUGCUGUCAGCAGUUGGUGCUUUGUAUAUGAACAAUAUGGCUGAAUGCCCAGGACGCCUUUACUCUAGGGGGCGGCACAAGCUAUCCCCAUCCCAUGAAAUGCCCCCAAUAAGUUUUCUUUAGCCUUUUUCCACGUUCAGUCUGUAGGAAGUGUGUGAAAAAAUGUUUGUGGACAGUGUAAACACUGUACUGAAAUAUAGUGCCACCUUGUGGCAUGUUAGCUAGGUUAAACUUGAUUAUUAAUUUUUUAAAUAAGCAACUUCCUGUACACUUUGAAUUCGAGUCUUUUAAGGAUUCUGGAGUGCAUUUGGUCAUAUCUAGUUCAAAAUCUAAAAUCACAAAGUCUAGGGUUACUGUGGUUAAUUUACCCAUGAACAUUCACUGUCUCUUUCCUCUGACGUUUUGCUGCAUUCUAACAUUUUUGGUGCUCUUAUUGUAUAAAUAACAUGGCAUGAAAAUAGAUUGCUGAAGCUCAGAUGUGCAGCAAAGGGCCCUCUGUUGACUGAUGUGUCUAAGUGCAGAGGACAGAAUCAGCACACUGCUCAGUAUCCAGCUGGCGAUCCGUCGGACUCGUUAAAAAUAGUUCAACCUUCUCAGCUUUCUUUAUUUUUGAUUCUGUUCGUGUCAUCCUGGCUGAAUACGGAGGUCAGAUUCAUUUAUCACUUUUUCAUGGUUACUUGCUUUUUUAAAUUGACCUGCUUUGCAAGUCUAAACCAUUUUGCUGGCUCCUCCAUCUCUCAUCUUGCGUUGGUUAAUAUGGCCGAUGAUUUGCAUUUACUGUAACUGAGGUGGUGGAAUGUCUAAAAGUGUGUCAUCUGAAGCACCGCCGUCAGCAACCAAGUUGCAGCUCUUCACAAGAAACUCGUUUUUUUGUUUUUUGCUGGAUUUCAUGCCUCAAAACUUAGAAAUAUGUCAGAUUUUACAGUUCCACUUUCAGGUUGGGUGGACUCAGCACACAGUGGUGUAUAAUUCCUUACUUUUUUGGUCGUUUUUGGCCCUUUUUUUAAAAAAAAAAAA